AUGUCCGAGGGCAUCACAUUACACCUGCAUCUCACCAGCUGGAGAAUCGAAUUUGUCCAAGUGGGCUCUGUAGCUGUUUCACUGUCUAGCCCGUCGGCACCGCCAGAGGCUGGUCUGAAGCAGACCGACGAGUCGACACAAGCUAGCACGACACGGUUCUCUGCUGAAGAAGAACAGGCACUUUUGGACGAGUCAGCACAGAAAAAGACCAAAGCCAACGAGUUGUUCAAUGCUGGCGAGUGCGAUGCCGCCCUCGUCCAGUACCAAGAGGCGCUGGAGUCAUGUCCCGACUACAGACACUUUGAGCGAGCCGUCAUCCACAGCAACGUCUCGGCCUGCCAGCUGAAGCUUGAAGAGUGGGUGGCGGCCAUCAAGGCGGCCUCGGCCUCGCUCGAUGCCCUCGUGGCGAUGGAGCGCGAACUCGGGCUGAUUCCCGAGGCCAAGCCGGAGCCCGCCGCCGGCAAGAGCAGGGAAAAGGGCGCGGAUGCCAAGGUCAAUGAGGGCGAAAACGCAAACCACCCCUCAGACGGGAAAGCGGAGGAGGGCGAACCAACCGGCGCGGAGCCUCCGCCAUUCAUACCCGCUCACGUUCCCGAGGCGACCAAGAAGGACAUCCAACGCAUACGCAUCAAGGCGCUCCUGCGGCGCGGCCGUGCGCGGGCCGAGGCCGGCGGCUGGUCCAACCUGUCCGCCGCAGAGGAGGACUACAAGGCGCUCUCCGUGACGCCCGGCCUCGCGCCGGCCGACGCCCAGACGGUGCGCCGGCAGCGCCUCGCGCUGCCGCCCAGGACCAAGGCGGCCCAGGAGCAGGAGAUGACGGAGAUGUGGGGGAAGCUGCGCACGCUGGGGGAUGGCAUCCUGAAGCCGUUUGGCCUGAGCACGAAUAAUUUCCAAAUGGUCAAGGAUGGGGCGACGGGUGGCUACAGUAUGAACUUUCAAGGCAAUAAGGAAUCAUGA